AUGAUACCAACGUGGGUCCACAUCAUCUACUAUCUAUAUGGAGUUCCGCUAAUUCUGCUGUACACUUUGAUUAUCAUUGUGUUGCUCAAGAAGAGAACGACAAUCUCUUCCGUUUUCUACAACUUUGUCGCAAUUUUUGGGAUCCAGGUGAGAGCUCUUUUGUCCCAAGCAAGCCGAAUAUAACACUUGGGUAUAUGUACACAUACAUUCGUUGAAUUAGGUAUAGGUUUAUCCAAGAUGCCGCUCAAAAAAUUUUAUAUAACCAACCCUUCGAAAUUUACUCGUAAACCCCGUCUUACCUCAUCUACGAAACUUUUAGGACGUUCUGUACUACGUGUUCCUCCAAUACGAAGUGCGUGGUCCAAUGAGUGAAUUUGUUUUGACCAACUUUUUUACGGGGCUCCAGAUUCACUCUCCAAAAUGGCAUAUGGUCAUCAUUUUUGUCCGGGUUUCUCUGGAAUUCAACGGAGUUGUGUCGACCGUUGUGCUGUCGUUGAUUCGGAUCUCUUCGAUGUUAUUUCCGUUGAAUCAUGAGAGAAUGUGGAAGAAGGCGCUGCCAGUGGUGAUAUGUUUGAACAUCGUGCUGCCGUUCGGCCUCUAUGGAUAUCUUCUUUUGAACAAGGCGAUACUGUUGUGUGCUGGAAGCCAUGGAAAUGUUAUUGGCUGCUUUAUGUCAUAUGAUCAUUCGUUCACCAACCAUGGAAUGGUAAGCCAUUGAAGUUAGUUUAACAAGAAAGGGAAUCAUUGAAAAUCAUAGAAAUAAUCGUUGAAAGUAUGCAAGUUUUGACGGACUUUAAUGCAAUUAAAUUUAGUUCUCCAUGUCUACGACUAAUAAAUACAUGUACACGAUCUUGCCAACGAUAUCCGCAUCUCUCAACAUUAUUGCUCUAAUUCUUCUCUACAGUCGGAAGAAGGCGUUGAAAUCUCAUCGACAUUGGAGACAGGAAAUCAACCUUUCCAUCUCCUCCUUUCUCAUGUUCGCAGCUCAUGUCAGCUACGGCAUUCUGAAUGUAAGCCGAAUAUUAAUUCGAUAGUGCUAUAACUAAACGUUAUAAACAAAUAUUUUCAGAUGUUUGUAAUUAACUACAUGUUCAUCGGCGAUCUCAUUGUUCCGACAGUCGUGGCUGGCAUUGUGGUGCCAAUAAUAUUUGAUGUCGCACUUUUUACGACAGUUCUUUCGUUAUUAAUUUCUUCAAAACAAUUACGAACCGAGAUCUCGCGGAUUGUGUUUGGAUCAAGGAGGAAGGUGAUGGGAGUGGGCGAAAACAAAUCCUGGCUUGGCAAGACGUCAACCCGAGAUACCCCAGUCACAGUCCUGGCGCGAGAACAAGGUGGAGCAUGA